ACGAGGGGCCGUGAAGCGCAAGGACCUAGCCAGAGCUCUCAGGUUCUAAAAUCCGUUGAACAAAACAACCAACAACCCAGUUGAGCUCUCGACGGUCCUUCAUUGACCGAAUCGAACCAGCCUCGGGUCCCUGAGUUUGGAUUGUUUGAUGGGUCAGAGAGACUGGGAGGUCCUGGACAUUCUCAAUGCUGAUGAUUUGAGGCUUGUGGCUAGUGCUUAACUGUUAUACUUUCUGAAGAAGAUUCUUGCCUAAUUUGGAAAGUACAGCAGCAUUGUUAUGGAGGACUAGAGAGUUACACCAACUGUACUGAAGUCUGCAACUGGCUUAGAAGUUACUAAGCUUUCUCCAAAGAAGUGGGGUGUUUCUGGAAGCUCAAGUGUUGUAUUGGUUGCUUUUCUGGGUGGAACAUCGUAUCUUCUUUCUCGAGGGAUUGAUAUCCGACCCAACCUUGCAGUCAUACUGGCACUUGCCUUUAUAGACUCUGCCUUCCUUGGUGGUAUCUGUUUGGCUCAAAUCUCGAGUUAUUGGCCCCCAUAUAAGCGUCGGAUUCUGGUUCAUGAAGCAGGGCAUCUUUUAGUAGCAUAUCUUAUGGGUUGCCCAAUUCGUGGGGUGAUUUUAGACCCAAUUGUUGCAAUGCAAAUGGGUAUUCAAGGGCAGGCUGGAACUCAAUUUUGGGAUGAAAAAAUGAAUGACGAGCUUGCAGAAGGACAACUCAGUGGCACUGCCUUUGACAGGUACUGCAUGGUACUUUUUGCUGGUAUUGCAGCUGAAGCUCUUGUUUAUGGUGAGGCUGAGGGUGGAGAGAAUGAUGAAAAUCUGUUUAGAAGCAUCUGUGUUCUUUUGAGACCUCCAUUAUCUGUAGCCCAGAUGUCUAAUCAGGCGAGAUGGUCAGUUCUACAGUCAUACAAUCUGCUUAAAUGGCAUAGACAUGCUCAUCUAGCUGCUGUUAAAGCUCUGGAAAGUGGCAGCAGUCUUAGUGCUGUUAUUAAAAGCAUUGAGGAAGCCAUGUCCUCCAAAGUAUGAACUGCACAAGUUACAAGAAUCCUGGUUUCUUGGUUUUGAUUUCUUAAGGGUUAAAGCUCUUCGUUUGGUUGGUGCUGAUCCUGAAACUAAAUCUGAACGUGUAUUACUACCGUGUACUCGUGUGAUUUUGAUAAUGACAUGAUACACCAGGAGCAUACAUGGCCUGAAGUACAGCAUCACCUUCAAGCUAUACAAUAACCACCGUAAGUUCAUGACUUGAACUGUCGGGGAUGGUCAAUCACAGUUUGGACGGUAAAAGGAUGUAAUGGAGGUAUGGUCGAGUAUUGCUUGUUAUGGUGCUCAAAGUUCGCUGCAGACAGAUGGUUGACAAUGUUUGAAACCUCAAAUUGUAUUUUCAACUUCUUAAUUUUGGUCCAAGGUUGUUUGUUGUAUUUAGAUAAAUACAUAAUUGAUUGUAGAUAAAAAAAACAAGGAUCCUCUUGAUUAUCAAAAUUA